AGAUUCAAUACUUUCUAGACUCUCGGAGCGAGUGCAACACGUCAUAGCCACCAAGAAGGCAUUGUGGCUUUGUUAUUUACCAAGUUCGCAGUUUCCUAUUCUAUCAGAAAAUGAACGAGGAGGAGUACUUCGAGGAAGAGGAGCAGGAGAUCUUCGAUGAUGACCCGGAGUACGCCGAACCGGGCGCCCAGAAAGUGGACAAGCCUUCGAAGGAUGAGAAGAAUGUGGCCAAGUGGCUGAAGAAGAACGUUAAGACGAAGAAGACCAAGUUCCUGAGCCACAUCGUCGAGUACUUCACCUCCAGCAAGGCCAUCGAUGCAUUAAUGAAGUCCAAAUUUGCUGAGGGCAGCAGCCCGCUUUUCACCACCCGGGAGCAGGCUGUGGAGUUCCUGGAUAUUAUGCUGGAGCACAAGUUCUUCCAUCGCGCCAAGAAGGUGCCCGUCACGCUGGAAGAGAUCCGGGGCAAGAAGGCUGAAAAGGAAAAGGGUACGGAAAAGGAUAAGGAGAAGGAAAAGGACAAGGGCAAGGACGACAAGAAGGACACCGAUCCAGAGGCGGAGAAUACACAGGGCGAUGGUGGUGCUGCUGGCAACGAAAAGGAAAAGAAGGAGAAGAAAAAGCGAAAGAUCCGACUGGACAUGCAUCCAGAGCAGAUAUUCGUGGACGGUUCCGAGGCCUAUGUUUGGAUAUAUGAUCCCAUUCCUCUCCACUACUGGAUCUUUGGUUUCAUCCUGCUCCUGGGUGCCGUUGGCAUUUGUCUGUUUCCCCUAUGGCCACCACUGCUGCGCAAGGGUGUCUACUAUCUCUCCAUUGCGGCAGCAGGCUUCCUCGUCUUCAUCCUGGCGUUGACCGUGUUCCGUCUGAUUGUGUUCACCAUUGUGUGGGCACUAACCGGUGGCAAGCUGCACUUCUGGAUCUUCCCCAAUCUGACAGAGGAUGUGGGCUUCUUCGAAUCCUUCUGGCCGCUUUAUGAGAGCAAUUAUACCAGCGAAGGAAAAUGCAAAACUGACAAGAAGUGCAAGUCAAAGGGCAAGAAAAAGGACAAGGACAGUGAUGCCGAGGAUACAGCUGUAGAUGCUGAUGCUGACGGCGACGGGGAUGUAGAUGCAGAGGUCUCCACGCUUGAGCCGGAGAAAAUUGAGCUAAUCAAGGAACACGACACUGACAUGGAGAUCCGAAAGCGUCGCAAAGUUGGAGCUGAUGAGUACGAGGACGAGGAUGUGGAUGUGGAGGAGUCGCAGCCCAAGGAUUCCAAAGAUGGAACACCACGCACCUCCGGAUCGGACUCGGAGAGCUCUAGCAAAGAUUACGAGAUAAUCAGUUCAAGUGAAGUGCAAAACGUUGCUGGCAACUAGGAUGAACGGAGAAGCCCCACAAUCUAUAUUAAUAUUUAAUGAUCCACAUCUAGCUAAUUGAUAAGAAGACAUAGAACAAGAAUCACACAUCAAGUACAUCAGCAGCAGCAACAGCAGCACACGAACUAUUAUUCCAAGUACAGCGAAGGCUUGUCGAGCGAUUUCCAGCGAGUUAUCGAUUUGUUAGUUUGAAGACACUCUUCGGAUAGAGCUUAACGCUUGCAGUUCUCCCUUCAAAAUACGUAUUUGACGAUAGUCCGAACACGCAAUAAUUCCUAUAUGCAAUAUUACGUUGACCCAUAGCAUUUGUUUGAUUCUUUUUAAAGGCUGCAGUUUGGUCUUCAGUUGAGUUGCCGCAGUAUGUUCUCAAGCCUUUAAACAAACAACAUUUAUUAUUCUUUAUUUGUAUUUGUAUUCAUACGUUUGUAAAUGUAUACAGUGGCAGCGAGUGCAGGAAGCGAUUACAAUUGAUAAUAAUCAUAGCGAGUACGUAGAUGAGAGCGCAUACCGUGACUAUGCGCAUAAAUAUUUACUCUAAAUGUAAUUAAAGUGAACUAACAACUUAAAGAAAUUAGUAGUGUAACACGCAAUUAACUAUUAUAUAAAAAUAAAGCUAGGCAAUUCUGAUCUGAUGUGAGAGAUAUUUGAGCGUUUUGUAGUUCUUGCUCGAACGUUUUAUUAAAAAAACAAAUAUACAAUA